AUGUCUUACUAUUUUCAGGAAAUACCCUCGAACAUCUGUAUCGAGUUACAAAGUCUCCCAGUGUCGUCGAUGCAAGGUUCUCCAGCUUUCGCAGGAGAUCUGGAGGUUUGCAUAUGGAGCGCAAGAAGCCAUUUCAAUAGCAUCAGAGAUGCAACUUGGAAAUGUCCAGGUGAUGUCUAUCAACUAAGCCGGGAGCCUUUGAGACACAAGUCCUCAAAGGUCAGACUGCCCCGAUCCAGUUUCACGUCGAUAGGAAAGCACAAACCUUCAAGUAUGCGUUUCAAAGUCGCUGCUUUGCUAGGCUUGGUCGGGCUCAGUCAAGGUACGCCUAUCGCCUUGAAUGACCUACCACCGCAACUGGAACUUGUUCCCCGUCAAGCAAACAUAACAUGUCCGCCAACACCAAAUCCCAUGCCCAAAGCAUCCGCUUUUCCCUCUGUCAAGACAAUGCCUGAUCCAUUCUUUUACCUUGACGGCAAGACACGGGUUCAGAGCAAAGACGAGUGGGUUCAGUGUCGACAGCCCGAGAUUCUCAAACUCUUACAGGAGUACCAGUACGGCUAUUACCCAGACCACUCGCAAGAGACGGUAUCCGCAACCAGGAGUGGCAAUACUCUGACAAUCACCAUUGCUGCUGGUGGAAAGACGGCUAGUAUUGCAGCUACCCUGACUCUGCCGAGUGGUUCAGGGCCUUUCCCCGUGAUCAUCUCUAUUGGAGGUAUGGAUGUCAAGAGUUACACCAAUGCGGGCAUUGCGGUCGCUGCAUUCGACUACACCAAAGUGGCAGCAGACAGCAACAGCAAGAGUGGGUCAUUCUGGACGUUGUAUAACGGCAAAGACAUUGGCGUCCUUACAGCAUGGGCAUGGGGCUUUCACCGCGUGCUCGAUGGCAUCGAGUUAAAAGUCCCCGAAAUCGAUGCCACAAAAUCCGGAGUCACUGGUUGCUCGCGUCUCGGCAAGGCAGCCUUAGCUGCAGGCCUAUUUGACAAGCGUAUCGCGGUGACCAUGCCCAUGUGCUCCGGCGUUCAGGGUGCAGGCCCAUACAGAUAUAGUCUGAGUGGACAAGGCGAAAACCUGGAAAACGCAAAAUCCGGGGCUGGGUGGUGGACCUCUUCAGGCAUCUCUCAAUUCGUCGGUAAAUCGACCCAGCUUCCAUACGACGCGCAUACCAUUGUCGCCGCAAUCGCACCACGCGCUGUGAUUUUGAGUCAGAACUCUGGCGACCAAUUCACAGACUCGAAAGGAACUGCUCAAAUCACUUUCCCGGCGGCAAAGGUGGUGUACAAAUGGCUGGGCGUGGGUGAGAAGCUGGGCAUGUCGAUACCGAGUGGCGGGCAUUGCGAUCAGAAUGGGUAUGCCGACGUACUCCCGUUUGUGCAAAAGGUCUUGCAGGGUAAGAGUACAACGAGAGAUUAUGAUGAUCUGAAGACUUGGAAGGCAAUGCCGGAAGCGUAUCCGUGGGGAACGGACUUACCUCGAGACGUGGGAACCAUGGCUCUUUACGAAUAUUUUCGCACAGAAUCCUCAUGUGAGCUCUACAUGUUCUGUGCGAGGCAUUCUUCCCUUUCAACGACGAGUCUCUUGACCUCCUUGCAAUAUUGCAAAAAGAGACAGUGGCUAGCACGAAGACUACCGUAG